GCUCCUCCUCCUCCUCCUCCUGCUGCCGCUGCUGCCGCUGCUGCCGGUGCUCCCGGUGGGUCGCCGAGGCCUCUCCGGCGCGCGGUGCUCCUGGCCGCCCGUGCCAACGGUGCCCGGGAGGGGCGGGGGAGCCCCGCCAGCCAGGUUGGAACUUCUCUUGAGGCUACAUUGUUGUCUUUCCUAAGCAUCACCCAAGAUACGUUCUUUAUUGAGAUCACCUUUAUUGAGAUCACCUGUGCAAGUGGGCAACUGGUUGUGCUUUUGGGCCUCAGCAGUUCUGGACUGAAGAAGAACACGUUUGUUUGCUCUGAGAGGCAGCGAAAGGGAGCAGAAGGCAGCUCAACAGAGAGUAAAAGGGCUGGUGGCUGCAUGAUGUCAGAGGGAGAUGCAUGCCAGGCAUGUGGCAGGAGGCGGCAGGCUGUCAAGCAGGCAAGUGACAGAAUGACAUGACUCAGACAUCCUUGGCUAAUUAAAGCCGGGCAGUGGGAGCCGUAACAUAUUUAAGGACCUCAGAGGAGCAAGGAGGAGUCUCCUCAGACCAAGCUUUCGGCCAAGCAGCUGAGAGGGACACGGAAGGCCACCCGCUUCAGAGCACACCGCUUCAGAGCACACACCUUUGUGGCUAGGGGAGGGGCAGAGAUGGCGCCUCUGACGGAAAAGGCAGACCAAAGGCAGGACCAGAGUGUGGACAUGCAAAAGCCAAGUCUUGCUGCCGCCAUGACUUCUGAACAUGAGGAUGUUGACGUGGGAAACACGGUGGUGAAUGGAUUACUCUCAAGCAGCAAUGGACAGGAGAGAGACCUGGACCCUGCUAAAGUCUGUGCUGGUAAGGGGGCCGUGACUCUACGGGCAUCUCUGACAUAUGAGGAAAAUCCUAGUACCAGCCCAAGUUGUCCACCAGUGAUCCAGCAGUCUGAAAGUGACUGGAGGUUAUCACCCAAUGCUGACCCUCAUGAGGAUGCUCCACCUUCAGCCUUGGCUUCUAAAGGUUAUCGGAGUGUGCGGCCAAACAUCCCCUCUGAAAGCAAACCACAGACUCCUUCCCGUCCCACUCUUCCAAAAGAGGAGAGCUUUGCUUGGCACCCUCGCACCAACACCAAAAUAACCCACCUGCAUCCGGUGCCUAUCAUGGACUGUGUGUACCUUAAUACCCCUCAAUCGUCUGCACCCAACACUGGCAGCAGACGGAAUUUUUCCUCUUCACCCAGGCCCUUCCGCACAGCUCUUCACAAAUCAGCGGGUUUGAUCCACACAGACAGGGUGCAUGCUGGGGAAUUACUUGCGGGAAGUUGCUCCUUGUUACCAGACACAUCAUCUGAGUACCAAAACAAACCGGAGCCUGCUGAGGCAAACCCUAGUAGUGGAGUUGGACUGAAAUCCAACCAGGAAACUGGAGCAGAGAAAAAGGUCAGCAGUCUAUAUGUAGCUUGUUUAUCUAACAGCACUUGCUUGGCUGCAUCUGAAAAUUCCACUGCCCGUGCACAUGACCAAACAGAAGGAGCCCGUUUUGGACCUGAGGUCACUGUGGCACCAACUGUCAACUAUGUUUCCUCUGCAACAGACACCGGAGAGCCUCUUCCUCCUCCUCCUCCUUCUCCUCCUCCUCCCGUCCCUCCCAGGCCAUUCUUUAAUAUUGUUUUCAGUGGAGAUGCAGUUAGUUAUGGUGAGAGCCAUCCUUCCUGGACCCCCCAGGCUGUUGAGGACACACAGAUAGAGCCACGUACCGGUGGCAGUGAAGGCAAGAUGAGGAAAGACUCGUACGUUACUCAGCACCACCAGCAUCUGCCACAGCAGCGUCCGUGCCAGGCAAAGGGAUAUGUGCCGGAUGCCACUUGCUCCACCACCACCCCAUCUCAGACUGAGGUUAUAGUAGUGCCACUCCACCCGGUUCACCCAGACAGAGGGCAAGAAGCCGGCUCGGGCACCCCACCACCGCCUCUGGUACCUUUCAGGCAAAGCUCAGCCUGCCCUGAAACGUCUUCUGCCAGCUUGCACCUGACCUUUCCAACAUUAGAUGAUUUCAUUCCCCCUCACCUUCAGAAAGGUCCCCAACAUAACCAGACAUCCUCUGCCUCUGGGACAGGGCCCCACCUUCGCCCGCAACUGCCAUCACUGUCACCAUCACCUUCACUGAUCUCUCCUGCCGCGGUCACGGAGCCCGAAAGCAUGGGAGUGGCCAUGCACACAAAUCCUUGCCCUGUGCUGAACGAAACCACCAAGCUCAGUCGUGGCACUGAAGUCAGCAGCUCCUUAAUGUCGGCCAGCAGGACGCCCUCCGUUUACCCCUCCACCACCAUUGUCAACCCCACCAUUGUUCUUCUGCAGCACAACAGAGAGCAACAAAAAAGGCUUAGUAGCCUGGCAGAGCCCGUGUCAGAGAUUCCAGUGGCGGAUAGAGUAAAUCACGCACCUAUUCAGGAAAAAGCAAGCCAGGAUAGUUCUCAGAGUAAGAAGCAAGCCAUGGAGGAGCUGAAGAGUUCACUGUACGUGGUCGAUUCCUCAGGGGAUGAUGUGGGCAUUCCACUCCGGAAUACGGACCGUUCAAAGGACUGGUAUAAGACUAUGUUCAAACAGAUCCACAGACUGACCAAAGACCCUCCUGAAGAAAACCCUUAUUGCCCUACCUACAAAUUCCCUGAACUUCCUGAUAUCCAGCCAGAGCCCGAAGAAGAAAAUCCUUAUUCUCCCACCUACCAGUUUCCUGUGUCUACUCCUAGCCCUAAAUCGGAAGGAGGCAGCACAAAAGGGGCCCAGCAGAUCAGAUGCCAGCACCCUUCCUCAGAGGAGCCUGGCUGGUGCUGCUGGGAGUCGGCCAUCACUGCUCUUCUAGGCCAAAGCAGCCCUGAGGCCUGGACUCUGGAUAUAAGCGCAGAAGAGAUAGAUUUAAAGAAUGAGCCUUGGUAUAAAUUCUUUUCGGAAUUGGAGUUUGGGAAGCCGCCUCCAAAAAAGAUAUGGGAUUAUACUCCUGGAGAUUGCUCUAUCCUUACUAGAGAGGAUAGAAAGAUUGACCUAGAAAAAGACCUCUUCCUCUACCAGACUGAGUUAGAGGCAGAUAUAGAAAAGAUGGAGAAGCUUUAUAAAGUACCCGAUAGGAAGCCGCAGAAGAGUACAGCAGGCUCGACUCCACUGGAAACGUUUUCAGACCAGGCACCCCACUCCCCGUAUUCCCCCAGCUACCAGUACUACAAGAGAGAGCUUGAAACAGGUCCUGGGGAUUCUGCUGGACUGGAAAAUGAACGGCAGAUUUACAAGAGCGUCUUGGAAGGAGGAGACAUCCCUUUGCAAGGGCUGAGCGGUCUCAAGCGCCCCUCCAGUUCGGCAUCCACGAAAGUGGAUCGUAAAGGUGGGAAUGCUCAUAUGAUUGCAUCCUCUUCAGUUAAUAGUCGAACCCUUAACCCUAGCAAUACCACUACACUAGGCCACCUGUGUGUGCAUCAGAAACCGCUGUCAGCUGCAAAAGUCUGUAUUGCCGAAGUGCUUCCGUCCAAAUUCAAACCCCGGCUGGCCGCUCCACCUUUUUCUGGGCAGGACCAGAAAAGUAACCUCUUGCCUCAUGAAAAAACUCAGAGCUGCGAAAACCUCCGCAACUCAUUUGCCACUUUUGACAGCAAGAAACCCUUCCAGACAAAUGCAGCAGGAGAGAGUUUGGAGAACCUGCUGAUGAAGUCCCUUCACGGGUGCUCUGUCAAAUCCUGUAGCACUCAGAGCCUGCAAGAAUAUGGCUCAGCUGGCUUACAAAAAGGGUGCGUCCCUGGCUCCUGGAAGAACGGGGCCGAGUUUUCCCUGCUUUACAAAAACAUGCAUCAGAUCGACCGCUCUGGAAUCCAGCUGGGCACCAUUUCGUCCUGCAGCGUGCGGAGCCUCGCCUCCCAAUUUGAGAACGAUCUGAAGGACAAGAGGGAGCCUGCCCCCAGCCGGGAGAACCUGGAGCAGAUCCCCAAGCACACGGUCUCCUCACGCAUCACCGCCUUUGAGCUGCUCAUUCAGAGAUCCCGGUCAAUGCCUGCGCUCAACUUCUCCAGGGCCCAGAGCAAAUCCCCAGCUCCCAGUCUCUCGAACAGCUACCUGAGUUCAGCACGCUCAGCCGAAUAUCUGCUGGACUUUUCCAAGCCCAGUCUGGAAGACAAGGAUGUUGCCCACCUAGCUGACGAUACCUGGUCACAGUGUUGUAGCAAUGCGGAGGAUCUGGCGUCUGAGUUCAGUGACGUGGCUUCUGCAGACACACUCUUGGCAUGCACUGACAAGUCAGACCUCAUAUCGAAUGCAUCCAAUGACAGCGGAGGCAGCAUCAAUGGCCCUCUGAAGUAUAAAUUAAACAAGUGCAAAGGGACCUGCCCAGCUUCCUAUACAAGGUUCACAACCAUCCGGAGGCACGAACAGCAGCAGUAUGGGAGAGGAGAUGCGACCGGUGACAUGCACCUUCUCCCCAGGAACGUCUACCUCAUGAGCCCGCUUCCAUUCCGGUUGAAAAAGCCCUUGCCACAUUACGCCAGAAAGACAUUUCCUUUGCAGUGUCCUGGAGGCCAGCCAGGAAGCGGCUCUGAGAACCAGAAUGACCUGGUUUGGCCGUGGGGAAACCUGGCAGGCCGGGACAGCCCCCUUUUUCAUGAGCCACACACCCCGGAGAAACCUCCUGCUCCCAUGCGCCUCUCUUCUUAUGACAUUGUCAAAAGCCUGAGCCACUUCCCAGUCGUAGAGAGUGGCCGAAAUAGUUCUUUUUCCCUGAUGGACAUUCCAGAAGUUAAUAAUGGAAAUGUUGUUCCUUAUACUUUAUACCACAGUUUGGACCCAAACAACAACCCACAAAGGGAACUCAGGACGUACCUUCGAGAUUCAGAAUCGCCCAGGCAUUUUGCUCCACUCGAUUACAUGGAGAGUCCAGAAGAAAUUCUCCGCAGACGACAGGAUGACAAAGAGAAACUUUUAGAGGACCAGAGACGGCUUAAGCGUGAGCAAGAAGAGGCCGAUAUUGCUGCUAGAAGGCACACAGGGGUCAUUCCUACGCACCAUCAAUUUAUCACUAAUGAGCGGUUUGGGGACCUCCUAAAUGUAGACGAUACAUCAAAAAGAAAAUCUGGGUCAGAGAUGAGGGCAGCCAGAGCAAAGUUUGACUUCAAAGCUCAGACAUUAAAGGAACUCCCACUGCAGAAAGGGGAUAUUGUUUACAUUUAUAAGCAGAUUGAUCAGAACUGGUAUGAAGGAGAACACCACGGCAGAGUGGGCAUCUUCCCACGGUCCUAUAUAGAGCUGCUUCCCGCCACAGAAAAAUGCCAGCCCAAGAAAACUCCACCAUUGCAAAUCUUGGAAUACGGAGAUGCAGUUGCCAAGUUUAAUUUCAAUGGAGACACUCAAGUGGAAAUGUCUUUCAAAAAGGGGGACAGAAUCACACUGCUUCGGCGAGUGGAUGAGAACUGGUACGAAGGGAGACUCCCCGGCUCCAGCCGCCACGGCAUCUUCCCCGUCACGUAUGUGGAGGUGUUCAAGCGGCCCGUGGUGAAGAACGUGCUGGAUUGUGCCGACCGGCCUCUCGCUCCCUCCCCCAGCCGCAGUACGACAGCUUCCCCGCAGUCUCUCAGUUCUGAGCUGCUUUUCACACCAACUCCUCCGCCUUUGCCUUUCGUGCGUCCAGCCCUGUCUCCUGAGUUGCACGCCGUUACCACGGAGUGGAUUUCCCUGACCCUGGGGGUGUCACGCAGCAGCACGCCAGCGACUACCCCUCCUCUGCCGCCUCUUCCCCAUUCUUCUCUGUGUCAUAUCAGCCAGUUGCCUCCCAUCGGCCCCCACCCUCCUCAUCUCUGCAGCUCCCCCAGUUCGAGGGGUGUCGUUUCCCCACCGCCUUCCUGCCCCUCCAGGCCGCAGUCAUCUGCUCACAACCUCAGCCUGAGUCCUCUGCAAAGCGACGAAAAGUGGGCUCGUUCCCCUUCCCCCCACGGGGGCUCGCCUUCCUCUGCGGUCGGCAGCCCCAGCAGUUUCCUCUCAGAGCUCAGCGAUGUCCUCGGCCAGCGAGACCAGGCCCAGAGGAGCCGGGGGGCCAGCCAGAGCACUGCCAGUGAGGAAGGGGCUGCCGCUAGCAGAGACUGCAGUGGCCUGCCUACUGAUGCCGCCAGGCUGGCGUGCCCCAGGCCAGAGCUGUGUGCCAGCUGGCCAGAGAAGCCCCUCCCGACCUUUGAGGGAAGCAGGCAGAGUCAGGGGCAGGGAGAGGGUCCCAGCAAAAGGCACCUGGGCCGAGGUGAGCAAGGUGAAUGGAAGGAGAAUCCAAGCAGGGCCAUAAAGGACAGACCAGCCUGGACUCCGCAUGCCUGCUUUUGCAUGGUUACUUGUUUGGGAAGGCUGCACUUGUUUUGGAAAUGGGCCUUCUUGUUUGCAAGAGCAUCCUGGCAUGCAUGGCUUGACAGGUUGCUUGCUCUCCAGCAUGACCAUCUUUUCACCAGCCAAGGAGCUGUUGAGGUGCAGCUGUUCUCUCCACCUGCUCCUCCUCUGUCUCCCUCUGCAAUUUCUUCUUCUGCUGUCACCACCCAACCACCUCCUAGAUUCACACGCAGGGUCAUUGUGCCACAGCCUUCCCAUCAUUCAUUGAGGCCAGGACCCGACCUCUCAGAGUCUGAAAAGAGCUACGUGGAAACUGUUUGCAAUGAGAUCAUAAACAUUGCUGAAAAGUCAGUUCAUUACUGCAGUGCCAUUUCUCAACCUCUGGCCUCUGGCCUCAAGCGGCCUUUUAGUGAUCAUAAAUCAUCUCUCAUCAUUUCUCAGCAACCCCAAGCCCUGCCGUUGGGAGCCAGCCCCGACAGGAGUCACACCCCGCAAGAUAUGCUUAGCUACCAAGCGUUGUACAGCUACAUCCCACAGAAUGACGAUGAGCUGGAAUUAAAAGACGGGGAUGUCGUAGAUGUCAUGGAGAAAUGUGACGAUGGCUGGUUUGUUGGCACAUCCAGGCGAACAAGACAGUUUGGCACUUUCCCAGGCAACUACGUGAAACUGGUGUCCCUAUAGAAGCCACCGCUGUUUCCCCAGGAAAGAGAGGGUGGGGGCUGAAAUCCAGAGACAUUUUGGAAAAAACAGGAUGAUUUAUGAAUGUAGCAGAGGAGAGGUGGAUGUGGAAUGUGGUUCUGUGGUUCAGGGUGGGACUGGUGGGAAGCCCUUGCUGCCUUUGGGGGUUCACGGGGCCUGUUGCUGAGCAGGAGAGAGAAGAGCAUUGAGCUGUUUGCAGUGCUGCCUUUAUAUCCAUUUUAUCCUCCAAGGACUCACAUUAUUGCCCUGAGCAGCAGGCGAAGGCAGCAGAAUGAAGAGUUUAGGGUGAGAAACACAUUAGGGGAGUGAAGACAUUUUGGCCAUGUGGAUCAGGAACCCUGUGUGAGAGACAGAGGCGGCUGGCUAAGUAGGGAACUUGACCUCCAAAGGUCAGGUGGUCCUUGAUUCCUUCGUUGGGGUCCCAGUCGCCAGACCCCGGGCACUGCAGUUGCCCUGGCGACCAUGGGGUCCUGGGUGGCUGCAGGCAGGGAGGGGGCACUGUCCCAGUGCUGCUUUCUGGGACUGUAAGCACAUGUGCCCCGAAGGUGGCCCACGGCAUGUGUCUUGCACUCCUGAUUUGGGAUAUGCACCUUAAGAGAAGAAGCAAAGAAGUUCUGAAGAGCAGUUCUGUACAAAAGGGCCUGCUGCUAAUUCCCUUUUUCACUAACUGCACAAACUGGCAGUGUGUGUCUCCUCCCGCCGCCCCCCGCCAUGUCAGUGGAAUGGUUACACGCAAAGGGGAUGGGUUGGCUGUUUUGAAACCUCGCCAGCCAUCCCUUUUUAAAGCUAACCUCUAACGAAAACAUCUGGAACCUGCAGCAGCUGGGCAGCCUUCUGGAAGCCCAGCCUCUUUUUCCUUCCGCCUCCUGUUCUUCCCUCGGCCGGCCUCUCCUUCCCGGCCCCUCCUACUCUUCCCUCUUCCUUCCCUUCAAGUCAGAAAUUAAUAAUCCAAAAAUAAGCAAAUGCCAGCUCUGCACAUUUAUCUGUUGUCAUCUGCUGCCAAAUAUCUGCAGGGCGAAAUUAACGGUCUCAGUGGCCAGUUUCCCCUUCGACCAGCAGCUGGAUUCAGCUCUCUCACCUUGUGCUUUAAGGGAGUGCUUCAGGAUUGCUUUAUUGAGGGGGUGUUUCCUUGUGUUUUAACUAGUCUUUGUGAACACUGAAAGGUUAAAAACAAGUGUUUUGGGGGGGGGGGUCCUUGUGUCCAGAGGACACAACUGUGACCUUGAGAGCAGGUCUUGAGAAGGAACUUUGAAUGAAAACAUGGUGGCCUCCUGCCAAUCCAAGAAACCCACAGAACAUGUUGUUGAAGGCUUUCACGACCAGAAUCAAGUGGCUAGUGUGGGCUUUCUGGGCUGUGUGACCGUGGUCUGGUGGUUUUUGCUGCUAAUGUUUUGCCUGCAUCUAUGGCUAGCUUUGUUGGGAACGUUCAAGCAUUUUUUCUUCUCUGGGCAGAUUUGCGGGGGCGGGUGGGAAGGGAGCCAUUUCUUCAUGGCUGGCAUCAAAGAGGCGGGGAAAAUGUUAGAGGAGUAAAAACUUCAGACUACAGCGAAUUUCCCAUCUGUGGAAAUGCUAGGCAUUCUGGGUAAAAAAUCUCCUAGCAUAACACAUGUGUGGCACAUGGUGCUUGUGCCCCUUCUGUCAGAGUUCCAUCCUGUGGGCUGUGCUUUCUCUGUGUGGACACCGAGUGCCGUGCAGUUUGAAGUGUGCCUGGGAUAGGAGUGCUUUCUUUCCCUCUCGUCCAGAAUGCCUGGUGGUGGAGCAUUUUUUGCAGGUGCCAAGUGCAUCGAUGCCACAGGAUUGCCAACGCCCAGGUGGGGCUGGGGUAGCUCCCAACAUUACAGCUGAUCUCCAGACGACGGAGGCGAGUUCCCCUGGAGAAAAUGGCAGCUGUGGAGGAUGAACUUUCUGGCAUCACAUCCUCACGGAGCUCUUUUCCCUCUCCCAGCCCUGCCCUCCUCAGGCUUCACCCCCACAUCUUUUCAGGAAUCUCCCACCUCAGACCUGCCAACCAGAGGCAUACCGGGGCCACCCUGCACUUGGGGGCGGAGCUCUACCCCCUUGCUGCUGCCCAGCCCCCAUGCCUAGGGGCAGGGCGGGGUUCCGCCUCCCCUUCCAGCCAGCAACCCGCAGUUCCUUAUGCCCUCCCCUCCAGGCAGGCCAGAAGAUACUACGAUCCCUGGCCUCGGAGAGCUGCUUUUAUAAGCACUGAGGGUGGGGGGGUGGGCUCAGGGGCAUGGUCACACCCUCACCCCUGGGGGCGGGGCCACACCUCCCCAAGCCCCAUUUUGCCCCCCCUUGUCCCUAGGCAGAUAUGCCACUCCUGGCAACCCUGGCAUUCACCAGCCACCCAUAAUGGGGUCUGUUUCCUCUGUUGCCUCUGCUCAAAGGGCAGAGUGUAAAAAUGACCAAAAGUGACUCACGGGCAAAGCAGCAUUCCACAAACCCCCGUGCGACCAUCGUCCCCCUUUUUUGUGGCACUAAUUCCCACACUUCUAGCUGAACAUCUGAUGGUGCAGCCUGGGCUUCAAAAAACCACCUAUGUCAUCCUGUUCUUUGCAGGUUGAAUAUGUGCAGACAAAAUUUUGCUAAAUGACCAUUGGGGAAAAGUUGGAUUUAGAAGUGGCAGUUCUUGAUCCGUGAUUUUUGGCUACCCUCUCAAGUUCAACAAACCUGGGUCUCUUGGGUGUGUAUUGAAUGGUUUUCCAAAGUGAACUUCCUUUUUAAGUCAGAACUUGAGUGCUGUUUUUCAUAAUCUCUUUCUCUACAAACGUAAAGGGUUUACAUUUGACUCUGCCUCCUUGCAGCAAAUACACCACAAAAGUUUAGAUUGCAAUUUUGUCAUAAGCUGUAUUUAAUAAGUAUAAAAUGCCUAUUUUUCUGCAGUUGCUUUUAUACAGUCAGUUCACAAUAACAGCUAUUAACUCACUGUCAGCAUGAUUGCAAUACUUUUUGAUAUCUCCCCCACCCCCCUUGCAAACAGCAGGAUUUCUCUUUUGCUGAGUGUCUUCCCUGGACAUCAGCCAAGGAAUCCAACUGUGCUUCAGAAGUAUGACUGUAAAUAUGUAUAAUUGCCUUUGUACAGACUUAAUUGUGUACUGAACUUGUAUAGAGAAAAAAAUAAUUUAAAUUAAUUGAAAAGGCAGUAAAGAAGGACUUUUCACUGUUUAUUUAAAUGAAGUAGUUAUACCCUGUAUGUUCACAAGCAGCAAGGGGUUGAGUCUCAGAAUAUUUAUACCUUUGCAGCUAUGCCACAAACUACUCUUUUGUCAGGUUGGAGAGUGAACAUUUAAGUCAUUUGGGGCACUUACCGCAGAGAACGGGUUCCACUCUAGCCCUGUUAACAUUACUAGCCCUUGGUCACAACUGUCUUUAAUUUUGACUGACAUGCGCAGGAAAUGUUUUAAAUACUUUUAAUUUUGCAUUCUUAUCUGCAGCAAUGUUUAAACCUGGCACUAAAAAGACAAUAUUGAAGAACGCUACUAACCCUUGGCAAAAAUGCUUCACAAUAUUGACUGUGUAUAACCAGUUCACGUGGAUGCCAUUUUAGUUACUACAUAGGCGUGUUCAAACACACACACACACACACACACACAUUUACAAACAAGAAGUAACUCUUGUGUUUGUUUCUUCAUUGCAGUGGAUUAUUAUUUGGCAGUUAAUAAAUUGAAUUAAAUGAA